UGAAAAUACUGUCACACGGACUAUCGCGAUAAGUUAGUCUGAUUUGCCACAACGAACAGGGAAGCUCCUUUAUCCAGCCCGAGCCAAUCAUUUCAUUGCGUCAGGAUUCAUUGAAUAGAAAUCAGAUAUGACGUGCCAGAGGCAAUCAUGUUACCGUUAUGGCCGGAACAGCCUGAUUUCGUCAACCCGGGGAAGUGCGAACGAUACAUCCGAGUGUCCUGCCAACUGUGGAAGUCUUGCCGAGACGGAUUACUCAGCCUUGCAAGAGAGGCCAAGUGAGAGCCAGGGGAGGGGCGCUGUCGGGUUUCAGUCUUGGUAUUGCGUUAUGAUAUCCAUGAUCCAUUCUCAAGGGGGCAACAGGUCAGCCGAUUAUCGGGAUGCGCUCGCUGCACUCGUGAGAAGACGUUUACUUUUUACGCAAGAGAAUUGCGUCGAAGUCUUCCCUCAACAUGCGGGGAUGAAACCUGGGGAAUCUCCAGAGAAUCUCCGUAUAGAGGUACAUAUUACGGAAAGAUUGACCUAUCAGGAUUGCCAUACAAGGCACAAUUCUGGGCAAUGCGAAAGAAAUCAGCACCGCUCAUGUCCAUCUACCAGUAAUGAGCAAGAGAUUCUUAUCAGUUGAACUUAACAGCAGGCCCAUCCGAUGCAACAAGGGGACUGUGAGAGGGUUGCCUGCGGUCAGAUUCUACCCUCAGACACACACACACACACACAGACACACCGGCACGCCUGGUAUGUAAUCUUACAGCCGCCCGGG